GGGUAGUUAUGAGUUGGUUGAGGUUGUUGGAGUUGUUAGGAUUAGUUAACUAGUUUUAAAGUAGUUAGUUAGUUAGAUUGUUAUACAAGCUGAAAGAGUUUGUUAGAGUGUGUGGUGUCCGACGUGGUCAGAGACCGACACUUCUGAUGAAAGGCGUGUAUGGUAUCCAACAUGGGUCGGUGUCUGACAUGACAUGAUAGUGACACAUGUGAUUAUGUUCUAUUAAUUGAUUUUAUAUAGUUUUUAACCGGUGUCGACUUGUUGUCUAUGUCAGUGUCGUGUCCAAUGUUUGUGUCGGUGCCAUGUUUGUGACAAUGCUUCUGUGCUCUAAAGUGAGUAAUAUCGACCGUUCAUAAAUAAAUCAUAGUUGAAAUUAUAUCUACACACGUAACAAAUCACGGGUUGUUAAAAUGUGAAUUCUUGAUUUUCUCACUUUACUAACUACUCACUUCAGAGGAGUGAAAUCCCAGUAUAGAGUUGUGAUUUCUGCUAGUGUGAUGAGCACAAUGUUGGUCUUAUUGCAACAAGGAGACAGAUAAGAAGGAUAAGUCGACUCCAGAAGAUAGCAACACGGGUGAGGACAAGAUUGACGAGUCCUCUAAAGAGGUUAGUUUAGAUUGUAAAGAAGUUUUUGAGGAUUGUAUUCUGCCAUCUGAAGAAGGCAAAGCGAUGGAUAUGAGGACGGAGUCUAGCUCGAGUGGGUCUGCGAAAGAACCAUCUGCAAAGGAAGCGACUUUAGGUUCAGCAGUGGUGCAAUCUAAUUCAACUACGCACGAGACUAGUGAUAUACCUGAAAGAGUUCAGUCUGAUUGCCACGAAAAGGAGACAUCGCAAACAUUAGCAAUUAGGGAUUCAGAUUCAAAUGAAAGUUUGAUUAGGAAAUGUGUUGGAAAUGAAAAGGGUCAAAAUUUGACACCUUCAAAAAGAAAAAGCACAGUGGUGGACAAGCAUUCUGAUGUUUCUCCUAGAGUUGUUGAUGAUGAAAACUGCAACUUAAUUGUGAAUCCUGACCCUGAAAAGCUUUGCUGCAAUGUUGUAGAGACCAGCGGGCCUUCCAAAAGGAUAAGGGGGAUCAAUAAUGUUGAUCAACAUGCUUCAAAAUCUAAUGAUGAAAAGUCAUGUACCAGAAGCAAGGAAGGAAAAUCAGGAGAUCCAGUGGAGAAACCUCAAGGGAACACUGUUGAAAAUGAGAAAAUAAGGACACUGCAGAGAAGCUUACAUCGUUCACUGAAGCCAGAGAUAGCAAAGCUUUGUGAAAUUCUUCAUCUCCCAGAUAAUGUCAAGAGUAUGGCUGGAAAAUUUCUUGAAUAUACGAUGAACAAUUACAAGAUCUGUACAGAACCAGUAUCAAUAUUACAGGCCUUUCAAUUAUCUCUGUGUUGGACAGCUGCUUCUCUGCUAAGCCACAAACUUGACACUGAAGCUUCCCUCAUUCUUGCAAAGCAGCACUUGAAUUUUGACUGUAAUAAAGAUGCCGUUGAUGAAAUUAAUGCAAUGCUUUGGGAUCUGAAGGACAAGUUUUUAUUACGUACAGGAAGCUCCGGUGUCAAUUGCUCUCCAAAGGCCUCUGAAUCAUCAAACAGGGUUCAUUCAAACACAGAUGUAACAUCAGAUGUUGAAUUGACCAAAAAAGUUAUUUCCAGAAUUUCCAGAAAUACUAAAGAAACUCAGAAGCGCAAAGACCAAUGGAGAGAGCUACUUCAUAUGCAACAGGAAAACAAACUUAAGUUGCAAAGAGAUUUUGAGACCGAAAUGGCUGAUUUAGGAAGAAGGUACAAAAUAGAGUGGGUAGCUAUUAAAUCCCAAGCUCUGAAGAAGAAGAAGAACGAGAUGCUCAGUAAUUUCACAAGUGGAUUUGAUGAAAUGAAAACAGAAAUAAAAAGUAAGUAUGACGUACGUCUCCGUGCUCUAGAGACCGAACAUUUGGAAGCAAGACAGAAAUUCCGAGAGUCGUCGUUACAAAAUGAAUUGUCAAACCUAGUUUCUUCGAAGGAACUUGAAACUCCCCUUAAUGCUCCGAAAAUCCUUCUGUCUGAUGAAGUGCUAGAAACUAGUUGUGCACAGGCCACUGCCAGUGAGUUGAGUAGGGAGGCAGCUGUGGGGUUACCCAGCACAGUCAGAAGUACUGUUUAUCCAGAGAAUACAGCUCCUCUGUCCGCAGAUCAAAUAUCUGAUGGAGGUUUAGAUGGGGUUGUAUCAUCAAGGCCUUGUAACUCUUCUAGUCCAAGUAAUGGUCAUCCAGCUACAAUUUCUCUGUUGAAUUCACCAUCUUCAACUCAACAAGUUUCUGAUAGAGUCUUGCCGACCAUAGCUGAUGGACAGAUACCAGUCAUAGUGCCAGAAUUGAUAAGAGAUGCAGCUGUGGGAUUCCCCAGCACAGUUAGAACUACUGAUUAUCCAGAGAAUGCAGCUCCUUUGAAUUCUUCAUCAACAGAUCAAAUAUCUGAUGGAGGUUUAGACGGUGUUGUAUCAUCAUCGCCUUGUAUCUUUUCUAGUCCAGGCGAUGGUCGUCCAGCUACAUCUUCCCUUUUGAAUCCGCCUUCUUCAAAGCAGCAAGUUCCUGAUAGUGUCGUGCCAGCUAUAACUGAUGGACAAAUACCAGUCACAAUGCCAGAAAAUAGCCAUGAAGAGGCUGAAUGUGAAUUAGUAGACAACAUGGAAGUGAAUGAGAGUACUACACCGGACAACCAGGAAGUAGUACAGAGAACCAUAGCUGAAAACACUUCGUCCCAAGAGACUUCAGUAUCUAGAGCACGGGAUUCCAUUGAGCCUCGAGAGCAAGUGCAGGUGCAGCCAUUAUCAUCCGUAGAAUCACCGCUUAGUCUGCCAGAAAAUAGCCAUGAAGAGGCUGAAUAUGAAUUAAUAGACAACAUGGAAGUAAACGAGAGUACUACACCAGACAACCAGGAAGUAGUACAGAGAACCAUAGCAGAAAACACUUUGUCCCAAGAGACUUCAGUAUCUAGAGCACGGGAUCCCAUUGAGCCUCGAGAGCAAGUGCAGGUGCAGCCAUUAUCAUCUGUAGAAUCACCACUUAGUCCAGUUCAUAUUUUACCUGCAAAUCAACCAAAUCGUGUUUCAAUGGUCAUGGAGCCUCCAGAGCAGGUGCGGUUACCCUCUUCAGGGUUCCUUUCUUCCAACCGAGAUUUCUGUCUCUUACCUUUGGCGACUGGAGGUGUAGACCGGGAAGGGACCAAUAAAGAUUCUCUCUCCAGACAAUUUCCUGAGGCAAUGAUUGAGGUUCGAAAUCAAGCUGUUGAGCAACCUACCUCAAACAUGGAAGUUGAUUCACAUUCACGUCUAGUUGUGCCUCCUGGCUCAAACAUGGUCCUUGAUUCACUUGUGCCUGGUGGAUUCGGAGCCCAUUUGACAGACACACGAAAUAUGUCAACUCACAGAGUUAUCAAUAAUCUUCCCAUACAGACUCCAGCACAAUUGGCUUCGAGGAAUUUUCGACCUUACUUCCAUGAUCCACUCAAUUAUGAAUUGGAAAGACUACGUAAACUGACAGAUCAAAAUCGGAAAAACCAUGAAGAUAUGAAGUUACAGCUGAAAUGUAAUUUUGAGAAGGAAGUUGAGGAACUUCACAGGAAGUAUGAUAUUCAAAUGAAGGAGAUUGAGGUUGAGUUUCAGAAAACAAAGAAGAACUAUGAUACGCAAUCUAGAACAGUAUAUAUACAUAAGAUAUUGGCUGAUACUUUUAAAAAGGCUAAUUUUGAUCCUAUGUUUUCCGGUGCAUCGGGAAUGCUGCAAGGAAUACUCCCUUAUGAUGCAGGUUUUUCACAGCUUUUAUUUCAGCCUUCAAGACAGCAAAAUGCUACUCAGCCCCCUCUGGUUGCUAGUUCCUCUGUCUGUAGACCUCCCACAACCACAUUGCAGAAUUCACAUGUUUCAACUAGCUCUCACACUAUGGUACCACCACCCACACAGGCCUCUUACAAUACAUCAGGAAAUAUCAGCGGGUUUUCUGCAAGAAUACCUCAUACCAACUCCAUCUCUUCACCCUCGGGAAAUCAGCAAACAGGUAGGGAGAUACGUUCCCCUCUGCGACGUCUCCUGCCUCGUUUACCCUCAACAUCUGUAUCAGCCUCUGGUAUCAGUGGGGAUAUCCGUACCCCUGCACCACCUCUUCCGCCUUAUAGACCUUCAGCAUCGAUACCAGCAUCCACUCAUAGCGGGGAGAUACGUGCCCCUGCCCCACAUCUCCCGCCAUAUAGACCUUCUACAACUGUACCACCCUCCACUCAUAGCGGGGAGAUACGUACCCCUGCACCACAUCUGAUGUAUAGACCUUCAACAUUUGUACCACCCUCCACUCAUAGCGGGGAGAUACGUGGCCCUGCACCGCAUCUCCCACCGUACAGACCCUCAACAUCUGUACCAGCCUCAAGUUUCAGUGGAGUUCCACUUUGUAUUCCUAAUCAACCUGCACCUAGUAACUCUUCUGCAAAUUCUUUAUCAUUAACGUCUCAGUGGCUUCCCAGACCAAUGCCGGCAAUCUCUCAGUUUGGUCCUCAUAGGGGGCAUGGGCAUGAGAACACAGGUGGGUUCCCCUCUCCUAACCUAUCUGCCGGGGAUAUGCGCAUGAGUUCUAAUAGCCAAUCUAGCAUUAAUCUGCCAAAUACUAUGCCGCGUAUGUCAGAUCAUUCCCAAUUUGGCACAAGUAGCAGCAUGCCAGCUAACUCAGCCCAAGAAGCUACACCUUCUGAUGUUGUCUGUAUAUCAGAUGAUGACUGACCAGAGGAAGUGUUCAAAUAUUUUUUGCAUAUUUGUCCUAACACUAGGCGAUGAUACAUAUGCUCAUUUUUCUGCUAAUCAAUCAAGCAUCUGACUUGAAUUUAGGACAUAAUUUUGGUGAUGGUAAGUGGCAAUGCCUUGCUCACCAGUUUUUGUUUUGUGUAACUAAUCAUUAAUUUAUUAUAUACCAGAUGUACAUAUAUAACGUAUACUUAAUGUAAUUAAGUACAUGGUUAUCUUGGGGAUUGCAAUUAAUAGCCGUACGCAUAAAUUAAACAGUAUUUUCAUUUUUUUAA